UCAUGAUGGUGCGUGAGAUAUUUUAAGAGGUUCAACUAAGUGUUAAAAUGGUUCGAGAUUCCUCGACGGGUGGGUAGGUCCAAGCAGCGGCUAUAAAACACUUGAAUGAGUGAGUAUAAGACAUUCUGUCCGUCUUGUCAAAGCAGGAGAGUUGAAAAAUCCACCGGCCUCAGAAUGAGUGCAAGCCCAGAACGAAUGUCUUCUUACCGCCGUCACUUUGAGGACGCCCUGGCCUCCUCUUCCUCGUACCAUAUCAGGGUGUCCAGCCCCUCUCCAAGUCGUCGGGAGACUCGCCACCGCUCCGCAAGCUACUCCCGCAUCGGGACAACGGGACGCAGGGCACUUUCGGGCACGCGCAGGUCAUGCAUGACUAGCAGCGUGAGUAUGGGCGCGCUCUGUGUCGGUAUCGGACCGCUGGACCUGGAAGCUGCCGCCGCUGAUAACCAGGCCUUCCUCAGCACGCGCACGAGUGAGAGGCAGGAGAUGGUCACCCUCAACGACCGUCUGGCCAUCUACAUUGAGAAAGUGCGCUCUCUGGAGCAGCAGAAUAAAAUGCUCGAGACUGAGAUCGAUGCCCUGAAAGGCCGCUUUGUGAAGCCAUCCGGUCUGCGCAGCAUGUAUGAAGAGCAGCUUCGAGAGCUCAGGAGGAUUGCUGACCAGAUGAAGGUCCAGAGGGAUCUUGCUACUGCUGCUAAGGAGGCUAUGGCAGGACAAUUAGAGUUGGUGAAGGUUAAGUACGAGGAAGCCCUGGAAGCCAGAAAGAAAGCUGAGCGGGAGAUCGAAGUUUUCAAGCCAGAUGUUGAUGCAGCCACGGCCGCACGAAUUGCUCUAGAGAAGCAGCUGGAAAACCUGGAGGUGGAGAUGGAAUUCCUUCAGCGGAUUCACAAACAGGAAAUUGAAGAGCUAAUGGCCCAGAUUUACGGAACCGUGGCUAAGGUGGAUGUGUCAUUCUCGCUGCCAGACCUGGCAUCCGCCCUCAAACAGAUCCAGUCCCAGUAUGAUAGCAUCGCGGCACGUAACCUGCAGGAAAUGGAUGCGUGGUAUAAGACAAAAUUCCAGGACCUGAACGUGGCAUCGUCACGGCACGUGGAAUCCCUCCGGGGUAUCAGGGAGGAAAUCACUGCCCUGAAGAAGGAUAUCCAGAAUAAGCAGCGGGAGCUGGACGCUCUCAGAACCAGGAAUGAAGCUCUGCAGGCUCAGAUCCGUGAUGCACAGGAAAAAUACAUGAAAGAGGAGGAGGAAUUGCAGGCUCGCAUUGAGGCACUGAAGGUGGAGAUGAAGAUGGUGAAAGAGAAGAUAACUCUGCUGCUGAAAGAGUACCAGGACCUACUGAAUGUGAAAAUGGCUCUCGAGAUUGAGAUCACCACAUAUAGGAAGCUGAUUGAAGGCGAGGAUAACCGGCUUACAGCCAUGGUGGGUAGCCUGUCUCUGAUGAAUGUCGGCGCAGGGCUGGUCAGCGCCUCGGGGCUGGGCCUCAGUCAGGGAGCCGGUGGAACAGCUACGGCCUUGCUAAAAGCAGCAGCCUCUUCCUCCUCUGUCAAAUCCCAGGGGACGCUGGGAGAGGUCACCCAGGAGCAGGCCGUGGAGGUAACGGAGAGGAAGACCAUGCUCAUCAGAACAGUUAGGGCAGAUGAGGACAUCAUUCACAGAGACUCACAAGAACGCACCAUCACCAUCUCUGGAGCGGUCAGCGAGAUGGACGAGUAAAGCGCUCUGAAACUGCCUGAUCUCGAACACCUCCUUUCAUCCCCCCCCUUUUCACUAGCCAACGUGAAACUGAAGCAUGAAACUACAAUAUGAUGGCUUGGUUCACACUGCUUAUGACCAUCUACUCUUAUACGUCAAAGAAUAUUACCAAACAAUGAGUCUCAAGGCUUUACAUUUUAAUCGCUACUAGAAACUAUAACAGAGAUCAAAAGCAGGAACGUUACUCCUCACCAUCUACCUCGUCUCUUGUGGAUGCUGUGCUAAAACUAAAUUGCUAAUAGACUGUGUUGAAGCCUUUAACCUCCCGUAUGUCCCUUGGUUCUAUUCAAAUGUGGACAAAAUAAACUACUUCAAAGCAGCAUCACUGGUUGAGCUGACUAUCAGAAACACCAAAUUUAUUGACUUUUUGCUGUGAUCAUCAAGACAGAGUUUGAAUAGAAAGAAAUGCUUAAG